CCAAUCAGUCUAGUUAAACGUUCAAGUGGCCAUUGAACGGGACGGAUCAGAUUCGUUAGACCCACCGGCAAACGGAUGUGAUAAUUACUUAUUUUGAAAAGAUCCUGAAAGCCUCAAAACAGCGAUGAGACUUGAAUAUCUGCUUGUCUAUGGCAGUGCUCUGUCUCUCUCUCUUUCUCUGUCCGUCGCCGGGCAGACUGAUAAGCUCCGAUUCGCAGAAUUGAAGAUCACCGAAAUUCCCCAAAUGAGAAUGUGUGUGUGAGAAGACGGGGCCAAAGUUUGAGCGCCACUUAUCGUCAAUCAAGAUUUUUCGGUGGGAGCCGGUCCGGUCCGGCCUACCAUUGCCAAAUUUGGUUUUCGAGUCAGUCGGAUCGUGAUGUUCGCCGUUUUCGCACUGCUGUCGUACUGCGGCGUCGUCGUCGUCCUGCUGACGAAUGCUGCUGCUGCCGCCAUUGUCGGUUCCGGCUGUGAUCCGUUGUUUUCGCCGAUUCGGUGUGGUGUUCCGAAGUUGCAACCGGGCGCGUUACCAUCGCGACCAUCGGAAGCCAUUCGUGGCGAGUUUCCAUGGCAUGCUGCGUUGUAUCAGAAUGUGGACGGGAAUUUCAGUUACAGCUGCGGUGGAUCACUCGUUAACGAGCGGUUCGUGAUAACGGCGGCCCAUUGUGUGAUCAAUCCGAACAAUGGUUAUCGGAUUACGAGCAAGCGGUUGAAGGUGCUGUUGGGUGGUCACGAACUGGGUGCGGAAGACGAAUGCGUUCAGGAGAUGACCGUACAGAAUAUUUACGUUCAUGACGAGUACCGGUUGGGUGACUACAGGCACGAUAUUGCAGCGGUGGAGUUAACGGAACGGGUUAGUUUUACGCAAAGAAUUUUGCCGGUUUGUGUGGAUCUGAGCGAACGCGAGGACAGUAGUUUUUUCAAACUGCAUGGCAAGGUAGCCGGUUGGGGUUAUACCGAGUAUGAUUCCGUGUCGAAUUGGUUGAGAAUGACGGAGCUUCCGUUUGUGAACUACACCACUUGCCUAGCCAGUAAUCCGCCGGUAUUUUCCCAAACCAUCUACGAAGGUAUGUUCUGUGCUGGAUACGCCAAUGGGACCAGUGUUUGCAAUGGAGAUUCGGGUGGUGGUUUGGUAUCUUUCAGUCGGGACCACUGGGUUUUACGGGGUAUAGUUUCAUUCACUGCGCUUCGUGAUGGGGAAAAGACCAUUUGUGAUAGUGAAGAAUUUGCCGGAUUCACCAAGGUACGCUUCUAUCGGGACUGGCUGGGCGGUAUUCUCAACGCAACGGAUUCAACCGAUCGUUCUGUGCUUCCAAUAGCGAAGAAAACACCCGAAGCGGUUCCGGAAGAGGAUGACGACGAAACCUGGCGGAUACCGUGCGGUGAACGUAAGAUCAACAAACUUCCCCUGAUCGUAAACGGAGUUCGAAGUUAUUCCGGUGAGUGGCCUUGGCAUGUGGCAAUAUUUGAAGUCAAUGGUCGUCAAAAGCGCUAUAUUUGCGGAGGAACACUCAUCAGCGAUCAGUUCGUUAUGACGGCCGCCCAUUGUACGUUGGAUGAUGCUUUGAAACCACGACCAGGAACUAUGGUAGUGCAGCUGGGACAGAAUGAUCUAUUCGAAAGUUCCGUCAAUAUGCGAGAGGUUCGUGUGGACAAGAUCACCACUCAUCCACUGUUCGAUCCUGUCAGCAAGACGAACGAUAUAGCACUGCUGGAGCUUUCGUCGAACGUUCAGUUCAACGACUACAUCCAGCCGGCCUGUCUACCGAAGAAGCAGGACAGCGAAAGGCUCAAUUUGUUCGGCAUGCUCGGAUCUAUCAUCGGUUGGGGCUAUCAGCAGCCAUGGUCGUUUAUGGUUUCCAAUACGUUGCAAAGCACUAAACUUCCGGUGGUCGAUCAGUCCCUGUGUGUGGUUGGAGGAAAUUUCGGUCGGGAAAUGGAGGGCGUUUUCUGCGUAGGAUCCGGCAAUGGUAGCUCCAAUGCUUGCACCGGAGACUCCGGUGGAGGAAUGUUCUUCGAAGAAGGCGGACUCUGGACGGCGAGAGGAGUGAUCUCAGCACUGGAUACCGUGAAUGGUUUCUGCAAUCCCGAUGGCUAUCUGAAAGUUGCUAGCACCGGUCACUUUUUGAAAUGGAUCAAACGUCAGAUCAAAGCGGCGCUCGAGUUAAUCAAAGGAGGCGGCGAACGAAAGAUGACAUUCCUGCAGACCGCCACCGAUUAUACAACGCCUCAGUCGUCCGAAAUGGCAACUUCGAACCAUUCGCACAUCCAUCAUCAUUAUCAUCAUCACCAUUAUCAUGGCAGCGAUGGUCAGGGCCGACCGCCGCGGAAGCGUUGCCAGGACAGUAGUUCGGAGGAAAGCGGCGAAAGUGGUCUGAAGAGAUUAAUCAAGAAGAAAAAGUGUUUUAUCAAAGAUAUCACAAGCGGACUGCUGUCCAAACUAUUCUGAGUGAUAAAUCGAGUGGAAAAGGAAGAGAAGAAGUUUUUAUCAACAUGAUGUCGCCUGUAAGCUUACUCGUACUGUGCACUGAAUGCAUGACCCAAAUUCGAAUAAUUACAAGCUCUCGACCGAACUCUCUGCGUCCGGCCACGUGUGUCUGUGCACGCGUAUGUUUCCCUCGGUGUAACUUUAUCCUUGCAACACAGCCCGCAUCCGGUCGGCAAGCUCCAGAGUGUGCCUGGACGCGAUGUGUGUCCUUUGCCUUGCGAUGGUGCGAUUCUUGAGCAUCGCUUAACGGCACUUGUGAACGACAAUUUCCUCGGGAUUCACUCCCAUUGACAGAAUUUAUGGCGACUGGUGACCGGACAAAACGCUGAUGUACCGGCGACGAACGGACGGACGGACGGACGGAGGAUGGUGCAGUGACUUUCUUAGCGGAGUUGGAUCCUUUUCCGACCAAAUGGCAAACGGUGUUAGUUAGUUAGUUAGUAUGCCGACAGAAUAUUUUGCGCUCGGUUCCGAACUUAUUCCGCCGGCGACACAUACACAUUUCGACCGAAGGAGGAAAACAUCCUUUCCGCCGUGUCCUGUCCUGUCCUAAUCGAGCUAAUGUCGAGUCGAGUUUUACAUGGCUUGAAGGAAACUAAGAUGAUAACAAACAUGUUUUUGGCAGCUGAUGGUGACAUGAAAAUACUGACGGCUGUUCCUGGGUCCGUAUGGGAGGCAAAUAACCUUCACCUUCAGCAGGGUUCAUUUGGUUGAAUGGUUCUGUUUCAACAGACUUGCAAAACUUUUCUAUUUAUAGGCUUCGAUGCGCAAAAAAGAAUAUCAUUUAUUGUGACAGUUUCCAUGGUAACGAAUAUAUACUGAUAUCUGUUCGGAUACAUAAUGAACCUUAUCAUUGCGAAUGUCAAGGACAACGAUAGUUGAAAAGAACAUAUUUUUCCCGCAGAUGAAUAAUUACAGACGAGUAAUUCAAUCACGGUAUGAGAGUUCUUUUGAAGUAGUUCUGUAUAAGUAUAUAUAUGAGUGGUUGCAUCUGCACUUUUCUGUGCCUUUCGAUGAUAAACAAGUUUAGAUUAUUUGAAAAAAAAGGCGGGUGGGUAAUGUCAGAGACAUAACGGGAGAACGUGAAUACGAACAAAACAAACAUGCUUCGUUCACUUCUCCGAAUAUCAAUAAUCGUUCAUAACAGUUGAUUAUUUGUGUGAAUUGUACAACUUUUACUGCUUUGCUUCUAGAAUUCUAUAUUGAAGUAUGACUGGAACUGAAUUCGGAACGUUAGGACUAGUUCCGAAAUCUGUUGCAAAACUCAGGUUCGGAGUCCAAGUCAAGAAUUCAGUUCAUUAAUUUAGUUCUAGAAUUCUAGAACUGUACUCAUUUUCGCAAUUCAGGAUCCAUAUAUAAAUCUAGAAUUGAAUACUGAACUUGAAUUCCGAACCUGACUUGAAGAGUACUGAAUCCAGUUCCAAAAUCUUGUUCCAGAACUCAAGUUCCUGAAUUCAAUUCCAGUAUGCUUGAUCUGAAUAAGGGUAAUAAACUCAGAAACUGGAAUCAGGAGAUUAAUUCAGUCAGUUCAAGAAAUCUGGUUCAGAUCUAAAAUUUGCACCCAAAAAUUCAGAUAUAAAAUUCAUAUCAUGAAUUUUGUUUCGGAAUUCUGAAUUUUUGUUCAAGAAUAAGUAUUCUGGAUAUGAAUUCUGAACUGAAAUUAAGGCACUAAAUUUAGUUCGAGAUUUAGUCAAGGAACCAGUUAAAAAAAAUCGAGAUCCAUAGUCUAGAAUUUAGAAUCCGGAAUAAUAAAACCAUCUGCAUCUUAGUAAAUAAUUGACGUACAAAUAAGGGUAACAUAUCAAAACAAAGGUACUGUACUUUAAGGAAAACAUAUCAAUACAAAUCAUUUCUCUUCGUUUCUAAUGAAAAUUUGCACUUUUUUCUUGAUUCCUCCCGUCAAACGCUGCACACCUCCGGAGUCAACUUCCUUGGCACAUUUGUUCCACAUUUUGCUCAUGAAAAUGUGAAAUACUUCUGUUAAGCAAAAAUUGAGCAAUUGUACAGAUUAUCAUCUCAUCCUUUGAAUCAAAAUACUGAACAGAGAUCUCUCACUAAUGACUUCGACAUAAAGGAUAUAAGGUGCUACGUUUUCUCUUCCAGAUGUGAUUCUUGCUUUAGGUAAUCGAUGAAGAAGCUCACUAACCAGAAUUUUAUAUUGAUAAACCUAACAAAAUGCUGGAGAGUUUCUCUUCUAGAGUUGUUCAUUCGGUAGAGUAGGAUAUGUUUACAGUUUUUCUUUAGCCCAAGUAACUAAAAGUUCUUAAAAAAAGAUUUCUGAAGAACAAUCUGAAGAGCAAUCCGAACAAUCCGUUUUUAAGGAAUUACUUAUACUUGAAUGUUCACCCGACGGAACAGAACAAACUUUGAAGCUUUUACAUCUUUUAAGUAGUGAGAAAGUUUUCUCAGAACUUGUUCUAUACGUUCAAUUUGCCAAAAAGUGCCACGCGUACUUUAGAGCUCUAAUAAAGUGGAUAUUUUUCAGGUACUGUGGAACUUCUGGUUGUUUGGAGAGACGACGCUUAAAUUUUAAUUUGAUAUUCAUCUUACCAAUUUGAACAUUCUUCACAGAAUAUGAAAUAUAAAAUGACGGUCUCGUUCCAUUAUGGUAAUCGUCUUGAACAUUGAUCUAAAUGCAACUUAGUAUAUGCGCUUAGUGUAAUCUAAAUCAUAAGAAAGCAAAAUGCAGUGAAAAUCUCUUAGUUUGACCAUAGCGUUUCUACAGUACAAUCUUUCCAUUAAUUCACUCAAAAAUAUUCUGAUUAGUUAAAUUCACACUCGCGAUGACCAAUACUAUUUAUCUGACUCCAUUGAACACAAUUCAUCAACUGGUAAAUGAUAUCAGAACUUUUUGUUCUGACUGAGCAUUCCGUCAUUGAGUCAUUUGGCAAGCAAUAAUUUCGAUACCCAAUUAAGCACGUGGCUCGAAAUGAAGAAUCACAUGAAUCAUGAAUCGUUGCGCGCCGAACAAUUUUUUCAACGAUCUAGUAUUCCUUUCUUCGACGGCCAAACUCUUAUGCAAUUCGUUAUGCGCCAAACACCUAUCGAUGAUCUAGCAAUCAUUGGCGACUUUUUCAGUGGAAAAUUCCAUUGUCCAUACAGAACAACUUUUUUUCCCAAUUUUCCGGCAAGUUUUCCUAAUUUUUUUGAUGUACGAACCCGGUGGGGGUAAAAACUGAUCGAACAAAAAAAAAAGAAUCAUGUAAAUCCGUCCA